AUGCAGAGCGUCCACCGGCAUUUUGGCAAAUACAUGAAGAGGAGCGCAGAUGAACAACAGGUCUCACUCCUCCUCAAAGAUUUUGAAGAAGCCGAUCGGCUGUUGACAAAGAUCAUCGAGGCAUCCAAAGCAUGGCGGGAAUCGUGGAUAAACAUCCUGAGUCAUCAACACCGUAUCGUUGAAGAGUUUGAGAUCCUCUAUAACCCGAUCGUGGGAGCGGGCGACGGCUAUCAAGGCCACGUGCCGGCGCCAACCCCGGAUCACAUCCUUCGCCGAGUGAAGAGGAUCACAUCGGAUUAUGCCGACUUGAUGAAAGACCUCACAGGAGACUUGGCUCAAGUGGACGACAGGCUGAUCAAACCGGCCCAAGUCGCAAAAGACAGCCUUCAGACGAUGCGGAAGACGAUCAAGAAGAGGGAGGAUCGCAAGCUGGACUUUGAGAGAUACCAAAGCAGAGCGGAGUCGGCUCAAAAGAAGACCAAACGAUCUGAGAGAGACAAUGCAGCUCUGGCCAAGAUCCAGUCGGACCUUGCAACAGCCACUGAAACCUAUUCGGCGGCCGACGAACACUUGAGACAUUGUCUUCCCCCUUUACUGACGUCUGUCUUCUCGCUGCUCCCACACUUCCUUGGCGCUCAGGUUCAGAUCCAGAAUAGCUUACUGGGACACCACUACACCUUGCUGCAUGCGUACUGUACGGAGGAAGGGUUCCCGUCUCCAAGUCCGCCAAUGGACGAAGUCAUCAGACUGUGGGACGAUGCCUUCAAACACGUGCAACACGAGGCUGAAUCGUUGACGCUUUUGGCCAAUGGAAAAGCCAUCAGAGCACCCAUGAACCAAGAAAAUGCUCAACCUCCCGCCAACGGAUUUCGACGGCCCAGUGCCAAUUCCUCUUUCAGUCGCACACAGUCUGUCUCACCUGCGCGGGCAUUGCCUGCUUCUCCGUCACAUGACACAAAGCCGAAGAUAUCAGUGUCUCCAGGCAAUGCUCUGCUGAGUCCUGCCACACCCCAGGACAUCAUGGCCAGCCCUUCGCCACAAUCGGUCUAUCAGACUCCGCUGGCUUACUCUCCUGCUGCACCAAAUACGGACUACUUCUCUCGAGAUCGGCAACCCUCUGCGGCCUCAAUCGCCCAGAAAAAGCGCCCGCCACCGCCACCUCCGAGACUGCCUUCUCAGCAGUCGUUAUUUGUGACGGCGUUGUAUGACUUCCAAGGUCAAGGCGAAGGGGAUCUAGUGUUUCGCGAAGGCGACCGGAUCAGAGUGAUCAAGAAGACCGAGAGUACCGACGAUUGGUGGCAAGGCGAGCUGAGAGGGGUGAAAGGGGCGUUUCCUGCCAAUUAUUGUCAGUGA